AUGCCUAGCUAUGUCAAGUUCAUGAAGGAUAUUCUAUCCAAUAAGAAGAGGCUUGGUGAAUUCAAAACUGUAGCAUUAACAAAAGGGUGCAGUGCAUUCCUACAAAACAAGCUACCUUCGAAAAUGAAGGACCCUAGGUGCUUUACUGUACCUUGUAAUAUUGGAGAAUCUUACUGUGGUAAACCUCUAUGUGAUCUAAGAGCAAGCAUUAACUUGAUUGCAAUGUUUGUUUUUAAGAUAUUGGGUAUAGGUGAUGUUCGACCAAUAACUGUGACAUUCCAACUGGCAGAUCGAUCUCUAACAUACUCGAAAGGAAAGAUCAAGGAUGUUCUGGUAUGUGUAGAUAAGUUAAGUUUUAUGAAUGAUUUUAUCAUUUUAGAUUUUGAUGCAGAUAAGGAAGUACUGAUCAUCCUUGGAAGACCUUUUUUAGCAAUAUGGAGAACAUUAAUCGAUGUGGAAAAAGGUGAACUCACCAUACGAGUUCAAGAUGACCAGGUAACCAUUAAUUUUCUUAAAGCCAUGAAAUUCCCUGAUUCACAGGAAGAAUACUCAACAAUAGAGGAAUUGGAUCCUAAGUCUCUACAGAAUGGGAAUGCAGUUUUGGAGAAGACCUAUUGGAAAACAGCUUAA